UCAGAGCAUGACUGGCGUACGGGAAAAAACGCAACUUCAUUGACAGAUAUGCUUCAUUUUGACUCGCAUUCACAGCAGCGGUUGAUGCGGCAGAACAUAGUAGUCAUACCUCAGAAGAGGAUACACACAGACAGACAAAUCAUCCCAGCAACACUAACGGAAAAGCUCUCAUUCUACAGAGCUUUCAGUUCCUCGUCAAGUAAGAUUGAAAUGCUAUGUAUGCAGCAAAACAACGUGAACAGGUUCACAUGGUUUUACAUAUCAAAUGCGUUAUGUAAAAGUCUCUCUAUGACAUAUGUUUAUAUAUUUCUAAGCGCAUAUGCACCCGAUCAUCAUUUUUUUGUGCCAAAGAUGGUGCCUAUAUUUUAUGGUUUAAACUGGAUAAAUGUCAUCUGUGGUAGAUUCCUUCUACAAACCAUGGCGAAUAAUAUAGCUCUACAUUUUCAUUACGCAAUAACUGGACUGAUGUUCAGAGCACCUUGGGAUAGGUGCGUUACAAGAAAUAUGAAUUAUGUUCAUAACAUAACGUACACUUGUUUAGAGUUGGAGGAAUUCAAGGAACAAUUUGUGAAUAAAACCAUAUUGUAUGAUUAUUUUUUCUACGUGACUCCAACUAAUGAGCUAUUCUCAGUCGCCCAGAUUAUUUACAUCGAUGGCAUUAUGAAACAAAUGAGUUGUGAGGAACUCGGACAUCAGUGCAUCCUGUAUAUCAUCAAUAUAUUAAUCUGGAUAAUAACUUCUGUUUUAUACAACCAUCUCUUCAAGCGUUAUAUAUGGAAGAUGCUACACUUCACCCAAAUGGCGUUAUGCGUGUUGUUACUUUUAAUUUUCUGUCAUUUAGUCGCAUCCUAUCAGGAUACGGAAAUUCAACAUAUUGAUGCUGGGGAGGAGGACCUACAUCGAAACAUUUUGAUGACUGGUGACUUUGAUAUGCUGGCCGAAACUAUGACGGCCCCACCUGUAGCACAUAUACUAAGCUCUAGGACUACAACCGAGAUUAAACCGAGCCUAAACAGUGCAGUGAUAGUUAUUUCAAACGGAAUUUACUACAUUUUCAAAGCUUUGACGUCGUAUUUAAUGAAGAAACAUUGCGAGAGAUGGGUCAAUGCUACUAUUAUCUAUUGGAACUAUGUUAUAUUCUUUGCUCUCAACGCAAUCGUCGAAUAUUGCAUGUUUCUCAUCACUUUCCAAUGUCUGAUAGAAGCGGUAAAAUAUGAGUGGCGCUGGAUCAAACCUUGGUGCAUAUCUGCUAUUAUACUGGUCUUUGCUAUCACGGAAAUCGUGGUCGUGAGAGAUGACUUUUCGGAGAAUUCCUUUGUAUUCUACAUGGGUCUAUCAAGUCUGGCUGAAAUUCUGAUUAUUUUUUGGGCUUACCCGCUCAGCCGCUUUCUUGAUGAUAUAACGUUCCACUUUGGGGUAACACCGACAAGGCUCAGAAGAUGGAGCUUCAGACUGCUCCCUAUAUUUUAUUUGUAUAAGGUAUACAUGAUGCUACACAAGUUUUAUAUAUUCUCCGAUACUUAUAAUAUUUUUAAUUAUCUACAUACGUCCCGGUAUGCGCCGACGUGCAUAUCAGUGCUCUUUGCUGUCGGAGCUUUGUACGCGUUUUACUACAACGUUAUUAAGGAGAAAAAGGGAUUUUGUCAAUUAUUCAAGCCUGUUCCGGAAUGGGGUCCUAAGGAUUAUAGGUUAAGGCAAUUAAGGAAACAAUUCCUGUAUCGUGAAUACAUAGUGUCGCAAGCACCAAGAGACCUUUCGCGAUACCUGAUUGAAAAGUCAGAUCUAGGAUCAUAUAAGUUGGACGUACCUUACGCGGAUAGACGAAGAUCGACGGUUUGUGACGCAAAAAAAGUGAAGGAAAAUGAACUUUAG